CCCGGUUUGCAAAACAAACCCCCGGGGUAUCUUCAAACGGCUGUUGGCGACGAGCAAAUAACGGUGUGUGGAAACGUGACGCAGUGAGAGCUCGUCGCUUUUUACGCGUCUCUUGUGAUACUUGGGGAGAACGAUGACAGAGGAUGGAGAGCAAGGCUGCGGCACCGAGAGACGAGAAGUGACGGGAAGACAAAGUGAAUGAGUGUCGGUGCAUGAGGCCUUCAGGUCCUGCUAGGAGAACCCAUGGAGCCAUACAUCAUGCCGCUGCACUCCUCCUCCCCUCCUCCGCUGGAUGAUGAUGGUGACGGGGAGGCCGGAUCGGAGGAGGACGAGUUUGGGGACUUCUCUGUUGGUGUUUCUUGUUCGCCUCCUGGCUUUGCUGAUUCAUCGGAUUCACCAUCCGGCCUCAGACAGCCUUCUCCCACCAUAAAGCCAGCCACCCACCAACCCAACAGCAGCUUUAAUCAGCCGGUUAAACAAUCCCAGCCCACGCCUGCUGUGAACUCAGGGGCCAGCAGGGGCCAGAAAGACGUGGAAGGUCAGGAUUAUGAUGCUGAGUCAUGUGUGCACCUCACAAAUGGGUUCUCUGAAAGAGACCACGACUCUGGGACCCACACGGCCUCAGCAGUGGGCGUCUGCUCGCCCAGGGAGGAAACAGGGUUUGCUGAUUUCACUGUGUUUACAGAGCAGGCGGCUCAUCCCUGGUGCUGCGGGUUCAAUCCCGUGGGCAGCACAGAGCAGUGGGAUGGCAGAGCGGUUGGGACUGGACAGGAGGUGGUUAUGGACUCUGAGCCCAGACCUCAUUGUGCAUUUAAGGCAAAAGAUAAAGUUUGCACUACGGUGAAGCACUGUGAGAAAGGAGAUGCAGCACUACCAACACAGGACCAGCAUCAGCCUCAGGAAGCUGCAACAGGUACGGAUUUUCCAUCUGAGGAGCCUGGAGGCAGUCAGAGUGAAAAGAGGGAACGGUUUAAUUCAUUUCAAACCACAGAGGCGCAGGAGGAUGCAGAAGACGGCAGAGACGAUCAAGACAACAGCCUCUCGAAUUUCCCCCAAACAUUCAGCGCGUAUGAAUCUGCUUCAGAGGACAUGGCGUCCUUCUGUGAUGAUUUCUCAUUUGAGGGUCCUUCUGUGGACGUGGAACCAAAUGUUUCAUCUCUCGGGUCAGUGGAUCAGACAGACUGGGACCCGACGGAUGACGAGGAAGAAGAACUCACACAGCGUAAGACAGAGGACGGUUUUCAUUACUGCGACCAAUCUGCAACUCAGGAAACUUCGGCUACCUCCAACCAGUCACAGUCUGGAACACACACAGAGGACAAUUUUGCAGACUUCAAAGACUGUAGCUUUGAGCAUCACAGGGACCAAGGACAUGUCCAAACAGCUGAUGUAGGGGUGCUGAGUCUGGGAAACCUCCCACCGAGCGACAGCUUUGCAGAUUUCUGCUCGGCGCCCACGCAGGAGGAAGAAGAAGGGUCGUGGGCGGAGUUCAAGGAUCAGAGAGCUCAGGAGGAGGGAAGAACUUGGACACAGUUCAGAGAGCAAGUCAGCAGCCUGCAGACUGACGGGAGCGCUGAGGAGGAGCAGAAGGAGGAGGAGGAGGAGGAGGACAGGACGGGGCAAUGUGGGGUUUCCAGGAGGAACAGCUGUCAGGCGUCACUGUCCUGCCGCGUCCAGCAGCUUCUCCUCACCACUUUUCCAGAGGUAGAGAUCCCAGCAGUGGAGGCUGAGGAGGAGGAAGUGGUCAACCUCAGUGUUCUGCUUAAUGCCCGACAACAACCUGAGAGUGAAGAGGAGGAGGAGAAACCAGAAGUCGGUCCCACAUCUCCGUGGGCUCAGCGGGGGCCGUGGUGGCCACACCAGGACCUCCACAGUGCAGUCGGCCUCCGGUUUCAGUGGGGAGGCUCCCACACACACAGGACUCUGCUCAGGUGCCUCGGUGUGGACACGAGAAACAUUGUGUUCAUCGGCAUGAAGAAGCAGCCAGUGACUGUACCUGCUUUUGCGUCCAGCCUGGGAAUGCUGGAGCCCACCAAAGACUCUGUGCCGGCUGUCUGUUCUCCAGGAGACACAGCGGUCACAGCACAAGCACCUCCAGGACCCCGAGACUCAACAGAUUCAAUGCAGGAGGCGCCUCCCUCCAGCCAGCUGGACUGGAGCCGCCGUGGCCUUAGCAGCUCUCAGGACGGUACGUCCCCUCGCCGAGCCCCUCACUUCUGGGGCCGGAAGUAGACCACAGUAUCAGCCAUCCCCCUCUACCCGGCUUCUUCCUCUAAUAAGCCAACACUUCUGAGAGUUUACUCUGGACUCCUCCUCACUUCCUCCAGGGCAUGUUCUGCUUCUUUUAAUUUACGCUGUGUUUCCCCUCGGCAGUAUUUUGUGAUUUACGCGAAUUCCCGCACAUGAAAACCACAGAAUAAACCACGGCGUUCGGAAAUCAUCUUGUUGUCAUUAAGAUUCGUCCAAACAAGGAAAAAAAAAACUUCCAACAAACCUUAAAACUUGGAUUCAAACUAAAACAGAUGUGCAACAAUUCUAAACCAUCACCCAGCAAGUAUGAGUUGUUAGAGAACAGUAAAAGGGGAAACAGCGUCCUGGCUUCCCUUCUCUCAGUGUCUUGUCUUUACCUGCUGCCGCCUGUCAGAUUUAUCUCAGUAUGUUGUUUCUGGGGAAACAUUGUGGUGUCCGACACCCGAUGUGGGUUGAUGCUACUGAAAACAACAUGUGCAUACUGGUGUUGAGCUACUUUUUGAAGUUGUUUUUUUUUUUUUAAACUAUAACACUAAAAGUCUGAGUGUAUGACUAAAUUAAACUAAUGUCACAUUUGAGAAGCACUAACCACUAAAUAUCAGCUCGUGGUGCAUGGUCAUAAAAACAUGUGGUGUUGAAUUAAUGGAUGUGUUGAUCCACAGAAAAGCAUUUUAGUUCGGAGGUUGAAGUCUUCCAGUUGUAAUCUUCACUCGUCGCCCAGCACAUGACUUUAUUUCAUAUUGAGACUCGUGAAUCUGGCAGAAUCAGUUGAUUUUUUGUUUUAUUAGAAAACUAUUAAUCUGUUCACGUUUGGGUUGCAUGAUAGAAAACGUUGGUGAGGAGAAAUCAAAACAGACAUUUUAAAAAGAAAACAACGUUCAUUCUUUGCUCAGGAAAAAAGCAGAAUCUGGUUUUGUUCAUCAGUGUUUGCAUAGACAGUUGUGUCUAACAUAUUGUAAAACUUGAAUACCAUGAAAUGAUUCUUUUGAUUAUGAGUACAUGGAGUGUGUUAUAUAUCAUUCAUGGAUGCUUCAUGUACAGAUUUGCUGGUUAAUGACGGAUGUUCAUGGAGCCUAACUGGACCUCACAAAACAAAAGAGAGACCAGAAAAACACAUGAAAUACAAAUUCCACAAAUUAGCUUUUGUGGUGAAAUGUCGCAGAUUAAAUGAUUCUAGUUAAUGAAAAGUUAAGCUAAAUAUAAAUUGGCCAUCUGAUUUUUUUGUUUUAUCAGACAAAGAUCUAUGUAGCCACAAAGACACAAUGACUUUCUUUUAAUAAAGAAAAACCUAAUGUUGCUCAGAAAGGAAACUAAAAUGUAAAAGAGAAAAAAACUUGAGUAGCUUAAAGUCACUUGGCUGUCAGUUCUGCUCUGGCAGGCUGACACAUUGUUGGUGGAUCAGCCGGUACCAGAACUUUUCCUCGAACACACAGAUGAGCCGAGUACAUAAGAAAAGACGUCAUUAAAGGAACAGUUCGACCAAAAAUGAAAUUUCAUUAUCUUAAAAAGACGUUUUUCACACCCUCGUCAUGCAUUUUGGCUUUAAACGGUGUAACUUUCUUCUUGGAUUACAAACGGACUGUAAUGAAGCUUCAUGGAGCCAUUUUUUUUGUCUGCUUUUAGUUUUUUAUGUUUUAAAUCCAUCAGCUAAACGGAGAGUAGAGAAUGACUGAAGUUUCAUCUUCGGGUGAAUUUAUCCUUCAGCGUUUAGGUUCAACAGAAGCACCAGAGUGUGUAAGAAUAAUAAAUAUCCGUGUCUGACAUGUUUGUGUACGUCCAGCUUUACAUCCAGUUUUCCUCAGCGACCCAAACGAGACACAAAGUUCUGUAAUCGGUCGGCAGUCAGGUGACGGAGCAGCGUUGUAGUAUUGAAGUAUGCACAGCAGGGGGCGGCGUUCUCUGUGUGGGUGGUGCAGCAAGAAGGUCAAACACACAAACUACAGGAACACAUCGAAAAGAUGAUUUAAUAUUGAAGAACAAUCAGCCGCUAACUCUGACAGACACGCACCUCAUGUAUUUAAAAUAUCCUGUUUUUAUCAUUUUUGUUUGUAUAGUUGGUUAAAUGAAAUCUGUCUUUUAGAGUUUUGAUUUAUUCUUGAUGAGAUUAUCAUGCUUAGAGAUUGUUUUCAUGGUUAAAACAGGAGAUAACUGUUGACCGAUCCAACACGAGACUGCAGUCGUGAUUCCUGCCGUCACUUUGUGCUGCUGCUUUUUUUUUCCUUUUUAUUUUUCCUCCCUGUGCACUGAUGCGUUCACUGUACGAGCAUGCUGAAUAGGGAUAGAGGAGUGUUUGGUUCCUAAUCAAUCCUACCUGAAAUCCAUUUGUUAGUAUUUCAUUAUGAAUCAAAAGUGUUCCUACAACGACUGUCUGUAACCGCAGUUACAGUAUUUCAUAAUGAGUUGUGCCUUUUAUGCCAGCAAUUGUUUUCUAAAAAAAAAAAAAAAGUAUUUAUUUUCAACCAGUGAUUUUUUUCUCUUCGGACCUCCAGUUUGUUGACAAUAAUCUGUUUGUGUUUCUUUCUUCAGAGUUUCUGCUCAAGUACAGAUUUAAUGCACUGCAAUAAGGACUUGUAGGAAAUCCUUGUAAAUACUGAAAUAAAUCAGUUGAUCCUUUC